GCUUCGACACACAGGACACAUCACUAGUUAUCAGGCCUUAUUCCAGUUUUUAAAAGAGAAUAAACAUUUGGGGAGGGCUUGAGGGUCGACAGUCCAUACCAGUUGGUGGCGGUAACGCACCAUUUUACUGUUUGCAAACCGCCAAUAAAACUUAAGAAGAAGCAGGGGGAGGAGACGAAGAAGAAGGGGUGUGCGUACUGUGCUCUUUGCUGUCUUUCCGCCGUUUGGACACUUUUUGAAGAACCCGUAUCAAAGUAUUGUGGAGAAGCGUCGUGUUAAAUCUAAUCGAUGAACGGCUUUUUGUCAGUUCUGACGAGGACAACUGAGUGAUGUUGUUGGUGAGCUUGGAUUAAAUCAUCUCUAAACAAAGAACUUGUCCUCGUGGUGACUGACUUGGGGAGUGGAGGUCAGUGAGCCCAUUGUCUCUGCUGGUCCGACUCCAACUACAAAGCCGGCCCGCUCGCCCCCUCCUGAGUCUGAGAGGAGAUCCAGAGAGAAAGAAGUGAAAGCAGGCCGAAACCUCAGCACAUGGAUGAUAUCAACCAAAAACAUCCAGCACCAGCAAGUAAAGAUGAGCCAGCGGCGAUCCCUGUGGAAAAGACUUUUCCUGCUAUGAAGCAGCCCAGAAGACGCAAGCGCGCCAACAGGGAGGGCAGAAGCUUGAGCUGUGAUCAGUGUGGGAAGUCUUUUACUCAGAUUGGUAGCUUACAAUCACAUCAGCUGACCCACACCAGUGUGAAACCAUUCAGCUGUGAUCAGUGUGGAAAGUCCUUUACUCUGAAAGAUCAUUUAAAGGUACAUCAGCUGAUCCACAGCGGUGUGAAACCAUUCACAUGUGGUGAGUGCGGAAAGUCUUUUAUUCAGAGUCACCGCUUAAAAGCACAUCAGCUCGUCCACAGUGAAGUUAAACCAUUCAGCUGUGAUCAGUGUGGAAAGACCUUUACUCAGAGAUCCAGCUUAAAAAAUCAUCAGCUGAUCCACACCGGUGUGAAACCAUUCAACUGUGAUCAGUGUGGGAAGUCUUUUACUCAGAUUUGGAACUUGAAAUCACAUCAGCUGUUCCACACCAGUGUGAAACCAUUCAGCUGUGAUCAAUGUGGAAAGACCUUUACUCAGAGAUGCAGCUUAAAAAAACAUCAGCUAAUCCACAGCGGUGUGAAACCAUUCAGCUGUGAUCUGUGUGGGAUGUCUUUUACUCAGAAAGCUCACUUAAAAUCACAUCAGCUGAUCCACACCGGUGUGAAACCAUUCAGGUGUGAUCAAUGUGGAAAGACCUUUACUCAGAGAUGGAACUUAAAUCAACAUCAAGUCGUCCACACGAAAUUUAAAGCUUUCAACUGUGAUCUGUGUGGGAUGUCUUUUACUCAGAAAGCUCACUUAAAAUCACAUCAGCUGAUCCACACCGGUGUGAAACCAUUCAGCUGUGAUCAGUGUGAAAAGACCUUUACUCUGAAAGAUCAUUUAAAGGUACAUCAGCUGAUCCACAGCGGUGUGAAACCAUUCACCUGUGGUGAGUGCGGAAAGUCUUUUAUUCAGAGUUACCGCUUAAAAGCACAUCAGCUCGUCCACAGUGAAGUUAAACCAUUCAGCUGUGAUCAGUGUGGAAAGACCUUUACUCAGAAAGGUGACUUAAAGAGACAUCAUAUGAUCCAUGUUGGAGGUAAAUCAUUUGUCUGUGAUCAGUGUGGAAAGUCUUUUCAGGAUAGAGAUCACUUAGAGAAACAUCAGGGGGUCCACAGUGAAGUUAAACCUUUCAGCUCUUAUCAGUGUGGAAAUUCUUUUACUGCAAUUGAUAGGUUAAAAAUGCAUCAGCUCAUCCAAUCUGGAGUUAAAUCAUUUGUAUGUGGUGACUGUGGAAAGGCUUUUACUCACAUGACUAGCUUAAAAUCACAUCAGCUCAUCCACUCUGUUGCUAAAUCAUUUGUGUGUGGUCAGUGUGGAAAGUCUUUCUUCCAUAACAAAAAUCUAUUGAGGCAUCAAAAGACCCACAAAGUGCCCUCCUGUGAGAAAAGGGGCAGACCAAUGGGACAUUACCCUGACAGGGUUCAUUUGAACUCAGUGGGAGAAACAGGGGAUCUGAACAAAAGUUCUUCUGGAUGCUGCGUCAAACUUAAAAAGCUUGAGAUCAGGCUUCACAGAAUUCAGCUUUAAUUUCCUGAGAAAGUCAGAGCUUCACUAUGUCUUUGUAGAUCUAGUGAAACCAUGAAAGGGUGCAAAAAGAGGCACUGUGGUACUGCAUGAUGAAGUCAGAAGUGACAGAGAAGUAUGUGAGCGUGGUUCAGGACAUGUACAGUGGCUUGCAAAAGUAUUCGGCCCCCGUGAACUUUUCCACAUUUUGUCACAUUACAGCCACAAACAUGAAUCCAUUUUAUUGGAAUUCCAGGUGAAAGACC